UGAGGGUGAGGUGAUCUUUAGGGUGCCACUUCCUGUGGCCCCCUGGCUGAAGGUGGAGGAGGCAGGUGUAACUGAAGUUCUUCUGGAGGAGUUUGUCAUGAAGCCUCUACUGGCCUUGAAUUCUGUGAGUCCUACAGCAGAACUCUACCGGCUGAAGAGGAAGAUAAUGGACAGUCCCGUUAACUAUCAGGCAUUUCUAGUGGCAGACGUCUAUUUGGUGUCAUUCGAUGGACAUCUGUUCAAACUCCCAGCUUCCUGUGACUUCCUCCUAGCAGCCGAUGUCAUCCAGCACACCUUCAGCAUUGCGCUCAAAUCCGACAGGUUCAAACGUCGCUCGCUUGUGGUGCAAAUGCAAAACACAAAGAUUGCAAUUCACCCAAAUGGAGAGGUGGAGGUUAAUUGCCACGUUGCACAUAUUCCAUACACUAACCGUGAAGUGGCUAUCAGAAAGGAUGUGAAUUUAAUUGAGGUGUCCAAUGAGAGAGGACUUCAGGUAUCAUGUGACCCUCAUCUAGACGUUUGUAGUGUGAUCCUAGAUGGAUGGCUUCAUGGUGUGUCCACUGGUCUUUUAGGAACCAAUGAUAAUGAGGCAGCUAACGAGCUUCCUCUGCCAGAUGGCUCUCACACACACAGUGUGCUUCAGUUUACUCACAGCUGGCAGGUGGAUUCAGAAUGUGUCAGCAGGAAAGCUGAAGUCUGUCAGAAUGGCACUGCUGACUCCCUGUCGUGCACAUUUCUGUUCUCCUCCACAAAUUCUCCUCUGAGCCCCUGUUUCAGAGUGGUGGACCCUGCGCAGUUCAUGAUGAAGUGUGUAUGUGAUGAGCGCGCAGAUGUUUCCAGACCAUCCUUUUGCACAUUGGCCUCUGCCUAUAUCCAUCAAUGCCAUAGAAACUACGUUCCACUGGAGCUGCCAGUGCAGUGCG